GAUCCGGAAGAAGAAACAACAAACUUCAUUUGUGAUUGGAAUGCAUCAUAAGGGCGGAGCCUUAGGGAACCAGUCACUUUGUAACCGGUUGUGAGGAUCCAGGAAGCGACCAGGCAGAGUUUUGCUCUCUGCUGGCGGCGUCGGUGGGCGGAGCAGCCGAGCCAGACCGAGGCUGUCUUCACUGCUGACCCGGCCCUUCUCAGGGCGGUCCCACUAAGCCACGCCUCCCCCGCCUGCCGGGGCUGGCUACGAAGCUGCGCUGUAGCUCUGUGGGGCGGAGACUUAGGCGGAUUCUUUCGGCCCCCAGAGCUGGGAGGGCGGGGUCUUGCCGCAGGUCUUCCGGUUUCUCAGAACUGCACCGCCUGUUUUCAAAGGCUGGGGAUACGCAAUUCACGAAAGCCAGCCUGCUCUCUCCGGCGCUCUCCCGGCGGCCUCCAUAGUUGCUGGCACCUGCAGUCCAACAUUCUCUCGCUUUGGUUCUCUCCCGUAUGAGAACCCUGGCAAUAUACUACCCACGGUCCUAGAUCUACUGCCCCCCACCCCUCUAAAAUGUCCAAUAACCUACAGAGGGUCUUGAAACCCGCUGAGGAAAAGUCAGGCAACGCCUCGCAUUGUAUUUCAGGCUGCAUGUACCAAGUAGUUCAGACGAUUGGCUCGGAUGGAAAAAAUCUUCUGCAGUUACUUCCAAUUCCUAAUUCUUCUGGAAAUCUUAUUCCACUAGUUCAAUCUCCAGUCAUGUCUGAUGCUUUGAGAGGGAAUACAGGAAAACCAGUGCAAGUUACUUUUCAGACUGAGAUUUCCAGCUCCUCCACAAGUGCAUCAGUUCAAUUGCCCAUUUUACAGCCAGCCAAUUCUUCAAACUAUUUUCUUACAAGAACAGUAGAUACAGCAGAAAAAGGUAGAGUUACUUCUGUGGGAACUGAAAAUUUUGUUUCAUCAUUUUCUAAAGUUAAUAGUCAUGGUGUGAAAAUUGAUGGACUCACCAUGCAAACAUUUGCUGUUCCUCCCUCAACACAAAGUGAUUCAUCUUACAUUGUAGUCAAUUCCCCAAGUCUUCCAAUGACUGUGAAAUCUUCAGUUUUGCCUUCUGGGCAUCAUUUACAGAUUCCAGCCCAUGCUGAAGUGAAAUCUGUACCUGCAUCAUCAUUGCCUCCUUCAGUUCAGCAAAAGAUACUUGCAACUGCAACCACAAGUACCUCAGGAACAGUUGAGGCCUCCCAAAUACCAACAGUUAUUUAUGUAUCUCCUGUAAAUACAGUGAAAAAUGUAGUUACCAAGAACUUUCAAAAUAUUUACCCAAAACCUGUUAAAGAAAUAGGAAAACCAAUGAUACUAAAUACCACACAAAUUCCAGCGAAAGUUGCUACAGAGACACAAUUAAAAGGUGGUCAGCAUUCUCAAGCUACUCCAGUGAAAUGGAUUUUUCAAGAAAAUCUACAGCCGUGUACUCCAUCUCUUGUUCCUGUUAAAUCUUCAAAUAAUGUGGCAUCAAAAAUUUUAAAAAGUUUUGUAGAUAGGAGAAGUUUGGGAGAUAAUUCUAUAAGUAUGCCACCAUUGAGUACCAUCGUCCCUAGUGGGACACAAUCUAUAAGUGUGCCUAAAAAAGAUAAUGCAUUGGUUAUGUUUAAUGGGAAAGUCUAUCUAUUGGCUAAAAAGGGGACAGAUGCUCUGCCUUCACAAAUUGACCAACAGAAUUCUGUUUCUGUUGAUGCUUCAUUAAGAAAAGACACAUCACAGGUAGUGAGUUCAAGUUCAGUCACAGAAAUAUCCAAAGAGGUUGUAAAUAUUGUUUUAGCUAAAAGUAAAUCAUUCCAGAUGGAGAUAAAAUCACUUUCAAAUACUCAGCUUUCUUCCACGGUCAAUCUAAGUUCAGAGAAGACUAAAAAAGUGGAGAAACCAUCUCUUUCUACCACAAACUCAAAUACUAUGAACCAAUCCAGUAACUACCCAAAACAGAGUAAGACCUUAUUCACAAAACCACUCUUUCCAGAUGGAUUUAGUACAGGACAGAGUGCCCUAAGAAAAGGAAAUAUCAUCCAGAGCAUAGAGAAAAUAAGUUCCUCUGUUGAUGCAACAGCUGUUACUUCACAACAGUGUGUUUUCAGAGACCAAGAACCAAAGAUUCAGAAUGAGAUGGCAUCAACAUUAGAAAACUGUACUCAAGGAAGCAAGGAGGAGAAAGACUCUCAAGAAAGCAUUAAUAAGGCAUCACAUUUGAAGAGUGAUGCUGAAUUUAAAAAGAUAUUUGGUCUCACUAAAGAGUUGAGAAUUUGCCUUACUCGGAUUCCUGACCAUUUGCGCUCUGGAAAAGGAUUUGAUUACUUUAGCAGUUUGGUGAAGAGUGGUACAUGUAAAGAGACAGUGUUUGUGGUGAAGGAAGAGGAAAACAAACAGAAUUUUGGUAAGAAAAGAAAAGCAAAAACCAUUAAGAAGAUGGAUCAUACAAAGAAGAGAAAAACUGAGAGUGCUUUCAACAGAGUCACUAAUGGGGAAACAAAUGUCACCACUUCUGAACCCCUUAGUAUUUUGCCAACUUCAGAUAUACCACAACAUAACAUUCUCCCAAGCCAAAGCAAAACCAGAGAAGAAAAGAGAACUGAUAUAAAACACUGUUCCCAAGAGAAGCAGCAGAAAGGUGCACUGAACUCAAAUGUAAUUUUUGACCAAAGUCAUUCCUUUAAUAAAAGUUAUACUGAAGAUAUUUUCCCAGUGACACCACCAGAACUGGAAGAAACCAUCCGAGAUGAAAAAAUAAGAAGACUUAAACAGGUGUUGAGAGAGAAAGAAGCAGCUCUUGAAGAAAUGCGUAAGAAGAUGCAACAAAAAUAACAAAAUGUCCUAUACUUAAAGACUUCAAUGAAAUAACUUUUUAAAAUAGGCCUUUUUAAAAUUAAUAAAGUAGUUGCCCCAUAUCUACCAGGGAUAUAGUCCAUGACCCACAGUGGAUAUCUGAAACCGAAGAUAGUACUGAACCCUGCAGUUCCUUGACAGCCACUCCAAUAACUGAGACAGCUACUUAAAUACCAAUGUGGAUACCAUGGACAAAGGUGUGAUUUAUGUUUUGAGCAGAACAGUAUAAGAUUUCAUUGCACUACUCAGAAUGACAUUCAACUUAAACCUAGGAAUUAUUUCUUCCUAGAGUUUUCCAUUUAGUAUUUUGGACACCACUGAAAUAAAAACUAAAGAAGGACUACUGUAAGUUACUUAUAGAUGCAUUCUGAAAGUGUUUUUGAAUAUAAAACUUGAUUUUUCAUCAAUUGAUUAUAAAAUUUUAUUUAAGGAACACAGAAAAGCUUGAUUCACAUGACAUAUGACUAAUAUACAUGGGGUACGUGAACCAUUGUCUUUAGAUACCUUUUUUGGAAGGAAAAAUGCUUUAUUUUUCUAUUGUCCUAACUGAAGUUUGGGUACUUGCACAGGGUUUUUGUUAUUGUAUCUUUAGCUAAAUUUCUCAUGUGUUACACUAACAGUUGUUUUAUAUAUAUAUAUAUGUAUAUAUAUGCACAUAUAUAUAUACAUAUAUAUAUAUACACACACAUAUCUAUAUAUACAUAUAUAUAUACACACAUAUACUGUUGAAAUUCUGCAAUUCAAGAGAGGAAGUGAGUUGUAAACAUAACUUUAUCAUUGAGUUUGUAUAUGUACUCUUGAUCAUCUUACCCAUAAAAUGAUGAUACUUUAUAUUCACCAUUGUUGUUUUAAUUUCAUGAAAUAUAUUACAGCAGCAUUAUUUAAAUGUCGAGAUAUUUCUCAAGUGUGAAGGAUACUUAUUUUAUAACUCUACAAAGUUAUUUUGUAAAUCUAAAACAGUAUUUAGAAUUCAGGCUAUUUGGGUGUUUAUUGUUGGCUUGAAGUGAUGUAUUAUUAGGCAGCAAUUCAUUAUCUUUCUCCAUUUCCUUUUUUUAUAUAUGUGGAUAUGUUAAAUAGCAUGCAAAGUAGAUCUGAACAUGUUUAAUAAUUUUUAACCUGUAUACUUUUCUUAAUAGAGCCAUACAGUUUUCUGUCUGGCUAAUCUUUGAUUUGGGAGAGGUUGUGAGAGUAGUGUGGGCAUAGAGAUCAAGAAGGGGAGAAUUUUAAAAAUGAUUAACAAGUCAGAAAUAAGACAUUUAAGAAAAACUGUACAAUGGUGAUAAAAGAAAUAGUAGAAAACACUGAACAGGAGUGAAACACAUCAAUCAACUGGAUUCCUUUUAGUAGCAGCUUUAUUGAGAUAUAAUUCACAUACUAUAAAAUUCACCCUUGUAAAGUGGUUUUAUUCAAAGAUGUGCAGCUAUUAAUACUUUAGAACACUUUUAGCAUCCUCAAAAUCAUGCCCAUUAACAAUCACUUCAUUCCCCAUUCCCCCAUCUAAGCAACACACUGUUUCAGAGGAAUUACUUAUUGUGGACAUUUUGUAUACAUGAAAUUAUAUAUUUACUUUUGUAACUUUUUUUAACUUAAUAUUUUCAAGAUUUUUUCACAUUGUAGCAUGUAUAGGUACUUCACUAUUUAUUGCCAAAUAAUAUUCCAUUGCACUGAUACAGUGAUUCCUCAGUAUCUGUGGAGGAUUGGUUACAGAAAGAAACUCCAGGAUAUCAAAAUCUAUGGAUGUUCAAGUCCCUUAUAUAAAAUGGCAUAAUAUUUGCAUAUGUUACAUUCUCCUGUAUAAUUUAAAUAAUACAUAGAUUACUUAUAAUACCUAGUACAAUGUAAAUUCUAUACAUAUAAUUACACUGUCUUGUAUAGAGAAUAAUGACAAGGAAAGAGUGGAUAUAUUCCGUGCUGAUGUAAUUUUUUUCUGAAAUUUUUGAUGCAGUGUUGUUUGUGUUACAGAUAAAGUGAGCUGUUUGUACCACA